GCUCUGUGCUGUUCUAGAAAAGGCUGGGCACAGGGAGUUGUCAUUCACAGCACAGGAGUGGAAUCUGUUGAAGGAGUUGGUGGACAUCUUGAAGCCAUUUGGAGAAGCAACUUAUUUGACAUGGGGGAGAAGGUCAUCACAAUCAGUGCUGUUGUUCCAUCCAUCUUGUCCCUCAGCCACCACCUUGAGAAGCUGAAGCCUCAAGUCUGUUUCCUGAGCAGCCUGGUCAGAAGUCUCCAGGCAUCCCUGAACAGAAGAUUUCUUGGAAUCUUCAUCAACAUGAAAAUGGCCAGGACACAAGAUGGGGUCACUGCUCCCUUUUCAGAUCCAAUCUACCUCAAAGCAGCUGCCUUGGAUCCAGCCUCUUCUCUGUUGUGGGUGGAGCCCCAUGUGCUGGUCAAUCGUGACGUCAAGGCAGAGGUGGCACAACAAGUUAAAGAAUUGAUCCUGCAAGAUGCUGCAGAGACUGAGCAACCUGUGCCUUUUAUUGAUGAAGAAGAGCAAGAGGACCUCAGAGAAGGAGAAGGGCUGUUUGCUGCAUACCAUAAGAGGCAGAAGAAGGAUGUUGGGACUACUCCAUCACUACAGCUAAGUCACUACCUUGACAUAGCCGAAGGACAGAACGCCCUUUUGUUCUGGGCAUUCAACAUGAAGACUCUUCCUUCACUGUUCCGAGUGGCCAUCAGAGUCUUGGCAGUGCCUGCCUCCAGUGCUCCAGUGGAGCGAGUUUUCAGCCAUGGUGGCAUCAUACUACGUCCCCAUCGUGCACAAAUGACUGACAGACUUUUGGCCAAUUUGGUCUUUUGCAAAUGCAAUGCAGCAUAGGGCUCUGACAUAUAAAAAGCACAACCCUGUUCAUUGUUAUGUUCAUGUAUUUGUUAUGUUUCUGACAUGUACACACACACACACACACACACACACACACACACACACACAGACAAUAUGAGAUGAGAUAAGUACAGGACAGGACAAACUGCUGUGGAACUAGUUGAAAUGCAAUAUGCCAUGGAAAUACAAUGUUAGCACUUUUGUACAAAUAAUUACAGUUGCACUUGUUUUUUCAAAUGUGUUUAUUCUGUAAAGGAGUGGUUUAAAAUGAAGAAUAUUCUUACAAAA